CCUGCAGGAGGCAAAGCAACGCGACCUUGAUUCUUUGGCAUGAGCAGCGUAACAGUGCGUUUGUCACAGUGACAAAGAAUAGAACCGAUAAUAUAACGAAUCCAUUGCAAAAUAAAUAAAUAUAUGACAUUCUUUCCCACUAUGUAUUAGUGAAUCCCUUUUAAUAUUAUUAUCACAAGUAGUAGUUACUAGUGUUGUUCUAUAGGCUGCGUACUACAUUACAAGAUCUUGACUUCAUGUAUUCGCUUGUAGUUGUGUAUUUGUAUUUCCUCCGACGCGGACGGACACACGUACCACGGAUUAAAUUGUCCAUCUACUAAAUUAUGCAAAUUAGGAACGCGCGAGCUCAUUGGCUCGCGUUUCCAAGCUCCGCCCCAAAACCGGGCCCGGCGCGUGACCCCCUGAAGGAGACGCGCGUGCUGCCGGGUUUCCUUUUUUAUUCGGGGGGGAGUUCACGCGGCCGUCGCUCAUGGAGACCGGACAUCAAGAGUUGUACUCUGGUGUUCUGAGCGGAGCAGUGGUGGACUGGGGCAGCAUGGGUCCCGGAGAGGAAUGGGUUAACACGACCAAACGCGAGGGAGAGACGGGUCCGUCUCAGGGCGCCGGCGGGGAAUCGGUUAAGCGGCGCUCGUGUGGCGACGACGUGGCCCCGGUGGCCCCGAACGGGGAAAACCGGACCGAGUGGAAUAAAACGCCACCAUCAGGGGACGAUCGGUGGGGGGAGACGUCAAAGUCCCACUCGGACAACUGGUUCAUGUCCACCACUUGGGACAUGCAGCUGGACAGCAGAGGGUUUCUGGACUCUGAGCCCCUGAGAGAGCGCCGACGAGGACAUGGCGUCAGAGCUCCACUUCAGCUCCAGCUUGACGGAGGAGGAGCGAGAGGAGGUUCUGCAGGAGUUGACUAAACUGGAGGAGGAGAUCGGCACGCUCAAGCAGGUUCUGGCGUCCAAAGAGAAGCAGCACGCCGACCUCAGACAGAAGCUGGGCGCCACGUCGCUCAACGACCUCCGGAACAACCUGAGCCGAGGAUGGCACGACGUGCAGACCUCCACGGCCUACAAGAAGACCUCGGAGACGCUGUCCACAGCGGGACAGAAAACAUCGGCUGCCUUCAGCACCCUGGGCAGCGCCCUCACCAGGAAGUUCGGAGACAUGAGCGUGGUUGGUCUAGAGUUUCUGUUCCCCCGGAGGUCCAACUCUAUCGGCUACUCUAUCAGACACUCUAUGAGCAUGCCCACCAUGAGAAACUCUCCCAGCUUCAAGUCCUUUGAGGAAAAAGUGGAGACCACAGUUUCCACCAUCAAGACGAAGGUCGGCGGCGGCGAGGCGGGAGGCAGCUUCGAGGAGGUCCUCUCCUCCGCCGCUCACGCCAGCGCCCAGGACACGCCCACCAACCACUUGACGGACAGCUCCGAGAGGCCGCGCUGACGGAAAAACGGGAACACGUGUCACAUCUCCACUCAACGCUCCGACUGAGGUGCUGAGAUGCUUUUGCGAACAAUCUCAUGUUUGCGAUUAAGUCUUCUCACACUCGGAUGGAAUUGUUCUGCUACUCCGAGUGCUGAGAUCGAUGAAAGAGUGACGACAUUUCUUGUUUGGACCAAAGAUGCCAAGCUACAUAUUUAAAAGUGACAGCUGGCUACAUUUAUUUUGAGAUACAUACAACUGAACUGGAUCUGUUGAUCACUUUAUGAUGAGCAGAUUCGCUCAAAAUAAAAGAGAUUCAUUUCUACUUUAUUUGCUAAAUCCAAACUGUACACAACUUCAUACAGAAAACUCUUUACACUAUUUAGGUUAUUAGAAAGUAUUUGUAUUAAAAUAGACUGUUACAUUUUCAACUACCUUUUUACUAAAACAUUAAAUAAAAAUACAUAUAAGCCACUUAGCUGUGACCAACCCAGAAGUACUGGUUGUAUUUCUAAACUUUGUAUAAAAGAUUUUACACUAAGACCGGAGACUUUGUAAUGAUAAAGUAUUCCUUGGGCAGACCUGAUAGAAUACAGACAGUCAUACUACUGUUUACUUAUUCUUUUGUGGGCCGCUAACGGGGCCGGGCCCUGUUUGAAUAGUGGAUCCUACUUAUUAUGGGAUGUUUCACGAAUCCGUGCAUUCACCCCGUCUGAGACCAAGUGGUCUCUAGGAAGAAGUGGACCACAGAGUGCACGGGGACUAGGACGAUGGGACGUCCUGCACAACCUGAUCAAUCACUUCAGACGAUUAGGCGUAAUGCUGGAAAUGAAAAGUAGCAGCUCUGUUUCCCCGUAAACAGGAUGAUUGUGUUUUGAUGCUUGUGUUGAACUGCUGUAGCUCAGAUUCAUGCUGGAUUCACACACAGGUAUAAAACAUUUGAUCAUUUUAACGGUCCAGAUAAGGUAGAAGCCUAUUGGCUGUGUCACUAACACAUAAUACAGAACUAACAUGAGCUCACACAUGAUCAUACAGACCCGAUUCUGUUCUUGGAGAUGAUCUGUUUAAUGCUGAAAGACGACAUCGUUUUAACUUUUGAUGUUAUGAAAAGACAUUUUGUGUGAAAAGCAUCCUGUUUUUCUUUAACAAACCUUUCUGUUUUCAGUAUAUAAACCGUUUUGUGUUUCUGCUUUUGUCUCAUGUGUUAGAAGAUUAUUCUUUCUUUGCUCCGGCUUAAGAAGUUACAAUGAGAAGAAAUGUUUUUCAUAUAAGUCAUGUUUUGGCAUUCGAUCGCUGACCUCCGACCUGUCACCAAAUAACUGAGGUUGUGCAUUCAGAGAAUUGGCCACAGUAUAUAUCGGACUUUUGUAUAUUGUGUUGGUUUGAAAUGAAACUGAACUGUCAGCUUUAAGAACCUUUUACAAAUGUUUCACUAAAGACAAAAUCCAUUCAUUUGUAUUCAUGCAACUAAUUACUCACCAUUUUACAUUUUCUGACUAAUUGAUAAACAUUAAAACCCAUUUAAAACAAAUUCAAAUGUUUGUCAGUGAUUUUUACAAUAAAUACUGACAACUUUGAAUUAACAUGUCAAAAAAAAGCUAAUGUAAUAAAAUGCUGAAGUGAAGUUCUAUAAAACUUCCUCGUCUGACUGCGGUUUUCUCACUGAUUUCCUGUUAAAAACGUAUUCACUUCAUUUUCAGCAUCAGAAAUCCUGCUUUGGUACCUUGUUACAUUUUUCAAAAGAUAAACACGAUGUAACAUCUGGCAGAUAAUAUACAUAUAUAACAUGUCAAAAUGUAAUAAAACAUGUAUUUGUCAAUUAGGUGGAAAUAUACAAUAAAACCAAUUGAUGUAAAGACAAA